GCUCUGUUUACUUCAUUCGUUCAUUGUCGUUGACAGCGAUAGCGGUGUAUUCUGUCUGGCUUGACUGUCUGCUGUUAUUUAAUUCAGUUCUACCGGUCCGCCUGAAGUUAACUCACGCUUCAAUUGUUAAGUUAGUGGAAUAGUGAUAACAUUUCUUACAUCAAGCAUCAAUCGGGUUCAACGUCCGACAUUCCUAAACAUGGUGAAGGCUCGCAAAUACGUUGUCAAGAACCACUUCAAGGGCGUCCCUAAACGCGAAGAUUACGAGCUAGUGGAGUAUGAAGUACCAGCGCUGAAGGACGGAGAAUGCCUGGUCAAGACCGAGUGGAUCAGUGUGGACCCGUACCAGCGUGCGUACAACCCCAAUGUCCCCACCCCUUACGACCAGUUUGGUUACCAAGUGGGAGUGGUGGUCGAGUCUAAGCACAAGAAGUACCCAGUCGGAGCCCGCGUGGUGUCACACAAGGGCUGGGCGGACUACACCGUCAUCAGUGAGAAGAAAACCAACCCACAAGACAGCGACUAUUUGCUCCCUGACCUAAAAGGACUGUCGAAUUCUGUGGGCAUCGGCGCAGUGGGUAUGCCUGGAGCGACCGCGUACUUUGGGCUGCUAGAGCUGUGCAAGCCCAAGGCUGGUGAGACGGUGGUGGUGACCGGCGCGGCUGGUGCCGUCGGGUCCAUCGUAGGUCAGAUCGCCAAGAUCAAGGGCUGCCGAGUCAUCGGCUUCGCUGGUUCUGAUGACAAGGUAGAAUGGCUGGAGAAGGAGCUCGGCUUCGAUAAAGCCAUCAACUACAAGAAGGCCGACAUCGCCAAGGCUCUUAAAGAGGCCGCGCCGAAAGGAGUCGACUGCUACUUCGACAACGUUGGAGGGGAGAUCAGCAGCGUCAUCAUCAGUCAGAUGAACCUAUUCGGGCGCUCCGCUGUCUGCGGUUCCAUCAGCAGCUACAAUGAAGACGCGAGUAAACAACCGAAAGCGACCAUCCUGCAGCCGUCGAUUGUUUUCAAACAGUUGAAGAUCGAGGGUUUCAUAGUGUCGCGGUGGCUGGCGCGCUGGCCCGAGGCGUUCGCCGAUCUGAUUGGCUGGAUCCACGAGGGGAAGCUGAAGACUCGCGAUCACGUCACGGAGGGGUUCGAGAAUGUGUUUGAUGCUUUCGUCGGCAUGUUGGCGGGAGAGAACACGGGGAAAGCCGUCGUCAAAGUGUAAAUACACCUUUAAUUAAUCUAUUUGUAUAUUGUUAACGCCACCUUCGUAAAUCUUUAAGAUAACUAAGGUACCUAUCUAUUAAAUUUAAUUUAAUAUAAAAUUGAAUUAA